AUGGACAAAAUUCAAGAACUCUACCAUAGAAAAUCCUUCCAACAGAAAAGAUCUUAUCAUCAAUGGCAUUACGGGGAAAAUAACCAAUCGAGAUUGGCGCAAACAGGUGAAUCAACUGAGGUGGCCCUUAAAUGGCUGGCUGAGCGAUGCACCAACGAAUGUUAUAAAAUGCAAACUAUAUUGCAAGACUGGAUAUCAUUUACAAAUACGGCGUAAUGGCGUCGUUUCCGGGAGUUUGAAUCAGAAGAGUAAAUACAGUAAGUGUAUGAUACGAGUUCAAAACCAAUUCCCAUUUACAAGAAGAUAACAUAUUUUGUUUUGAUAUCACAAACUAUGCUCGGAUCUCUUUAAUACGUAUACGGACAUCUCUCUGGUUCUCUCUCUCUAACACAAGCAACUCUUUAAUACGGAGUCUUUCUAAUACGGACAUUUCGCACUGUCAUAUUAAAGGGAUGUCCGUAUUACAGAGAUGUCCAUAUUAGAGAGGCGUCCAUAUUAGAGAGGUGUCCAUAUUAGAGAGGUGUCCAUAUUAGAGAGGUGUUCGUAUUAGAGAGAUGUUCAUAUUAGAGAGGUGUUCAUAUUAGAGAGGUGUUCAUAUUAGAGAGGUGGCCAUAUUAGAGAGGUGGCCAUAUUAGAGGUGUUCAUAUUACGGAGGUGUCCAUGUCAGAGAAUUGUUCAUAUUAGAGAGUAUUAGAGAGGUGUUCAUAUUAGAGAGGUGUUCGUAUUAGAGAGGUGUUCAUAUUAGAGAGAUGUUCAUAUUAGAGAGGUGUUCGUAUUAGAGAGAUGUUCAUAUUAGAGAGAUGUUCAUAUUAGAGAGGUGUUCAUAUUAGAGAGAUGUUCAUAUUAGAGGUGUUCAUAUUACGGAGGUGUCCACGUCAGAGAAUUGUUCACAUUAGAGAGGUGUUCGUAUCAGAGAGGUGUUCAUAUUAGAGAGGUGUUCAUAGUAGAGAGGUGUUCAUAUUAGAGAGGUGUUCAUAUUAGAGAGAUCUUCAUAUUAGAGAGGUGUUCGUAUUAGAGAGAUGUUCAUAUUAUGAAAUUAUCCGCAUUAUGGAUGUAUCAAUAUUAGAGACGUCCUGGAAUUAGAGCGGUUCCGCAUUGUGAUUUUGCCAUGUUUUCAAACAGCAAAAAUGCUUGAGGAUGUUAAGAAAGAUCAAAUAAAAACACUGUCAUACGAUACUACGUAAUCAUUACAUAAACACAAAUGCAUACCGUAAUAACGACAGGAAUCUUGAUCAAUUUGCAUUCAAUCGUAGAUUAUUCGUUUGCUCAAAGUCAAACUAUAUAGGAAGAAAAUAUAAUGAAUAUCAGAAAUCUUUUUCAGGUAGUUUAGACACAAACCAUGGCAGGUUAUUGUAUGAUAUAUAUACAACUACGUGGCAAAUAUAAGCAUAACUUCGUCGUUUCGAAUAGUAGUAUUGGUCGGGAAAAUUACAUGUGCUUUUAUACUAUAGUGAAUAUAAAAGCUAUCACAUGACAAAAAUAAACCAAUCUGAUGGAUUUAGUCAAAACAAAGUGUAAAUAAAAAUGUAAAUCACAUUACAGGUAUUAAUAUAUUCGAUCCACGCACUAAUUUCUCGAAAGGUCGAAGUUGUGGUUAUAUUGAUUUUUGGUAUGUGUAGUAUGUAUAAUUAAAAAUGAAAUUCUUUUUCCAGCUACGUUCGAGCUGCAGUCAUUUGGCCCUAGCAUCAUUCGCAUAAAAAGCCUGGCUACCAAUUAUUAUCUUGUUAUGAAGAAAAAUGGCCUUUUUACUGGGGAUGUAAGUAUCAAAUGUUCACUAUUGUACUGAGAUGUUCAUUGUUAUAUUCAGAUGUUAAUUUUUAUAGUAAGUGUUCAUUAUUGUACUCAGAUGUUCGUUAUUGUACUCUGAUGUUCAUUAUUACACUCCGAUGUUCAUCAUUAUACUCAGAUUUUCACCGUUGUACUCAGAGGUUCAUUAUUGUGCCCAGAUGUUCGUUAUUGUACUCACACAUGUUUAUUAUUACAUCGAAUUAAGGAAAAAAUUGGAGCGGGGAAGGAUAGGAUAAGAACUUGGAUUAAAUAAUUGUUUAACAUGGUAAGAAAGGGACCAGAUAAAUAAAUGAAUGUAUAACUGACCCAAACUGACAAUUUUUCUUAUAGAAGCGAGCUGGUACUCUACAAAGCUUAUUCCGAGAGACACAUCAAUACAACGCAUUCAACUCGUAUGCCUCGGUUAAAUAUUUUCAUAAGUAUCACUAUGAUAUGUACAUUGGAAUCAAACAUAAUGGGAAGAUGAAGAGAGCCAUGAAAACACAUCGGGUAUGUAUCAAAAUACACCGAGUUUCCCAAAAUAUGUGCCAAAAACUGCACAGUUCGAAAAUGUUCGCUAAAUUGCAAAUUCCGCAAAUGUAUGAAAACUUUAUGCAAGCAGGGGGGGAGUUUAGGGUCUGCUAGUAUAUUUAUCACUUUAAAAAUAACUUGCGCACAAAUAUGGAAGCCUAACACAACGCAAUUUGAAUUCAUUGGGUGCAAAUUUAGAAGGUGCUUUAUGAACUAUCAAAGUACAAGACAAUUUAUGUAUAUAAAGGGCGACCUCUAAAGCUUGGACGUUUUUGCCAUAUUAGUCUUUCAUGCAUAAUUUAUCACACACAUCACUGCUUAUAUGCAUGAUUGAUUUCUUAAAUCCUCUUUACAAAAAGUUUAAAAAUUAUGCGUGAAAGGUUACUAUGACACGCUUUAGAGGUCGCGAGUUGGACUUAUAAUGUCCAUCAAAUUGUCUGGUACUUUGAUAAUUCAUAAAACACCUUCUUAAUUUUCACCCUAUGAAUAUUUUCACCCAUUUUUGUGCGCAAGCCAUUUUAAAGUGGUUUUUAAAAACAACCCUCUUCUGCACUCAAAAAUUUACUUUUCAAAAUCAUUUUAGUGGUAAAGAUACUAGCAGACCCCAAACCACCCAUGCUUGCAUAAAGUUUUAACACAUUUUGCAUAAAGUUUUAACACAUUUUAUGCCAUUUUUUAUACACCCUGUAUGGCAUGCCAUGCGCAAAUAAUGCUAAAUCAAUAAACUAUUCCGUUACAGGUACAAAGUGCCACACAGUUUGUGGUCAUAAAAGUAUAA